AUCCCCCACCAGGAAAACUGACCAACAGAAACAAGAUGGCAACAACCAACGAACACACCACCACCACCUUCUCCCAGGAUGACCGGCUGGAAAAACUGCCUCCACUCAACGAACAAUACGCGAUCGAUGAUCUGCUCACCGAACACUUCGGAUUCGCACCCAAGGUAUUCACUGGUCAUAUCUUCAACAUCAUCAACGAGGCAAUUUACGAUACGGUAUCAGAAGUAGAAAAGGCGGUGAUUGAAUCAUACUUCCCCGGUUCGGCCGAGAACGGGACAGAAGGCCUCCCAUCCUCUACAAGCACUGGAUACCCGAGCAAGGACGACAUCGCUAAAUCACUGAACCAACUCGAAACAUUGCUCUGUUCAUCGAUCGACAAUCAGUUCGACUUGCUCGAGAUCUGGCUCCAUCGAAACGUCUUCAACUUCCCUAACCUGCGCGAAGAGUUGAUGAAACACCUCAGAUUCAAACAUAUGAACUUGUGGGAUCAGUUUUAUCAAUUGGCUCAACCGACUACCUCCUCUGAUGCUCAAGCUUCUGCCGAUCAGAUCGUCUCUCCUGAUUGGGAAAAACUUAAACUCGAGGAAGAGGAACGGUGGGCUAAACUUGAGAAAUUCAAAUCGGAUUACAAUCAAUCAAAGGACGAUUAUCACUCUUUAUUAGCAGUUUCGAAUGUACUUGAUAGGAAGCUUGCCGGUUUGAAAGCAGUAUCGAGUCAACUGACCCAAAUCAGUUCAGAGGCGCGGACGAUAUACGAUCCGGAGACGAACAAGCCGGUCGACCUGAUUGGACAAUCGACGAUGAUAUUAGGGGACUAUCAGCGUCUGCUGAAGCUGGACAAAGUCCGAGAGACGCGAGAACGGGCGACAAACUUCGCGAAAUCUGCACCCCAGCACGCCAGCCAUCCGAUGACGGCCGAGGAGAUGAUCGAAGACGAACAGGACCCCUCCUGCUGCGCCGCAUCAGCCACCCCAUUCCAAACACACGCCCGGGCUAUCAACUUGCUCUCCAAAGCUAAGGUCGACGAUUUCUUGGCCGAGUUGGCCGACAAAGGCGCCCUCGAUGUCGACAGGGAUGAAGGCCUCGUCGAAGUCCAUAAUCAGCUCCUAGGCAAAGGAAAAACUCCCGCUGCUAAUACUCCCCUACAUCAGGAUCGAAUCUAGCAUAUCUGUUAAUCUAUUGUAAUGGACUCUACCAAUCCUCAAAACAUGUUUUUUGGUGAAUUCUAUUUGUAUCAAGAAACUGUUUAUUUUAUAGUAAUUAUGGUGAUCAUUGUAUACCAGAUUAGGGUAACUUUAGUGCUGUGGAAGUUGUAACAAUUGGAAGAUCAGUCAACUAAAAAACCUUGGUUUACUUUGUAAGGGAUUCAUUAAGUGAGGAAGAAAGUUGAAAAAAAAUAGAAAAGUACAAUUUGGGUAUUGAUCUUCUAACUUUAUGCAUUUUUUCAUUCGACCUCCCGGAUCAAAUCAUGACAGUUGUUCAUUGCACAGCUUAUUCGAACUUGAGCAAGCUUAGAACGCCUGAUUUCAUUGUAUGGAUAAAAAACAAAUGAAAUGAAAAGGCACUUUUUGUUUGGUUCAAGCUUG